AUGUGUGUCAAUUUCACCAACCUCGGCAAAGCUUGCCCUCAAGACCCAUUCCCGCUGCCGCGCAUUGACCAGAUUGUCGACUUCACUUCCGAGUGCGGCCUGCUGUGUUUCCUGGAUGCAUUCUCAGGCUACCACCAGAUCAAGAUGGAGGUGGAAGACGAGGAAAAGACAGCCUUCCUGACCCCGUGUGGGGUGUACUGCUACACCUACAUACCAUUCGGGCUGUGCAACGCAGGAGCAACCUUCCAACGACUGAUGCACAUCGCCCUGGGGCAGCAGCUCAGAAGAAACGCUGAGGCCUAUGUCGACGACAUUGUGGUGAAAUCACGGGAGGCAAGAACUCUGAUUCAGGACCUGGAGGAGACAUUCGCGAGCCUGCGCCAGGUGGACUUGCGGCUCAACCUGGAGAAGUGCAUGUUUGGUGUCCCUUCAGGGAAGCCCGGAGGAGUUGCGCUCGUCCCCGCCGGCAAGCUCGCAGCCUCCGUGGAUCUUCACCUCCGCGACCUCCCUGCUUCAUCUUUUCACCGGAGUCGUGCCGAGCCCGUCGCCAGCACCAUGUCACCCUCGUACUCCUCGUCGCUCCGAGGACUUGUCCUUUCAGCCGCCGCCGCAUCUCCCUCGGGAUCCCCGAUCCAAUCCAUCCACUCCAACCGGCCAACCACCUUCUUCCUCAGAUCCAAUCCAGCAACCUCCCUGGAUUUCCGCCGCCGACCAACCACAGCUCCCGAUCCCUCGCGCCCGAGGCCCAGCCAGCUGCGCCCCGCUGCCUCUCUGUACCUCAUCAACCAGCCUGACCACCCGAUCCGUGCCGCUCUGCCGACUCGUCUCCGGCCCCUGCUUGCCGGACCACCCCGCCUCCAGCGCCGGGAAGCCCGGAGGAGUUGGCUCGUCCCCGCCGGCAAGCUCGCAGCCGCCGUGGAUCUUCACCUCCGCGACCUCCCUGCUUCUUCUUUUCACCGGAGUCGUGCCGAGUCCGUCGCCAGCACCAUGUCACCCUCGUACUCCUCGUCGCUCCGAGUCCGCGCAAGCCGUCGCCCUGCCGCCAAGUCCCAGCGCGCAUCGCCGAAGGAACUCUGCCUCCUCGCCAAAUCCAGCGCCUACCCCCUCGUCCGUGACCGCGGCCGCCGCCGGCAACUAGCAGCUCGCCGGAGCCAGCAGGACUCCUCCCGGCCACCCAAGUACCUCACCGGAGGUCGCCUGCGUCGCCCGCCGACUCCCCUGCUUCGCCCCUUCUCUGAACUUGCCGCGCUCUGUUUCUCUGUCGAACAAGAUGGGCAGCGCUGUACCGCUCGCUGGCGUGCGCUAGAUGGGCCUCGCGUCGGCCCAGCGCGCCUAAGCCGGCCUGCCCGCUAGGCCGCCGCCAACCUCCCUCGCUGACCGGGCCGAGCCCAUGGUGAGGCCACCCGCCGACGCCCCUUUUUUUCCUGCUGUUGGGCUGCCCAGAUUCGGCCCGUUUUUAUAUUUUUUUUUCUUGUCCAGCGAAUUUCGCUAUUUUCCCAGAGAGUGCCAGUUUUGCAGAAUGGUCCCUAAACUUCAUGCAUUUAAUAUCUUCACAACCGUGCAUCGGAUCUAAAUAAUUUAUAUAUGUAACUUGACUAGAAUUUCAUCUUGUUUCACAAUAUCCAACUUUCAUGCAUGUUUACAAUGUAUAAACUGAUGUUUGCUUUAAUUUCCUGUAUGGACAUGCUAAAAUGCUUUAAUUCAUAACUAAAUAACCGUAGCUCGGAUUUUAAUAAACUUUA